AUGUUGAACUUCAAAGGAAAACCAGCUCCACCUUGCGCUAUCCAUGAUCCAAGUAUUUCAGCGACUCAAGCACGCCGAACUGCAUUGGGAAAUGAGCAUUCAUCUUCAGCAAAAAACGGCUGUGGGUCGUGUGUAAAACAAAAACCUGACUUGCCCGGUAUUACCGAACACCCAAACCAAUCACCUUUGGAGCACGAUAGCAACACGAAAAACUUGGAAAACAUCGAGUUUGAUACAAGUUAUACAUCGACAUCCAGUCUUGAAUUUCUUGAUGAGGAAUGGUUGGAGGAACAUUUGGAAGAGGAUGGAAACAACAGCUCAAGCAACGGAUCAAUGAAUGAAGAAGUACCUGAUCAAGAAAAUAUACAUGCUAGCAAUGACAGAGCGGUGCGGACAAACUAUGCUGAACAAGAGCUAAUCGAAAAGUUACGACGGUCGUUAAAUGAUAACAGAGAGGAAAUAAGAUAUCUUACGGACGUUGUAUCAAAACAAGAGGAAGUGAUAACUGGUUUCCGAUAUGAUCUGAAAUCAUUCGUAAACGAUGAUACUAAAGUGAAAUUAUUAACUGGUUUGCCUUCCUAUUCACUAUUAUGCAAAUCACCGAAAAUGGCAAAUCAAGUCUGCAAAUAUUCAUCGAAGAUUAGCAAGUUAAAUGAAGCAGAUAUUUCAAGAUACCAUGAAAAAAUAUUAGCUGUCGAUGGAACUGAUCCCUAUCAAAUGGAAUAUAAAUCGGAUAUAUUACCAUUAACCAUAGACUACGAUAGAAUUUUUGCAUACCUCAUAAGUCGUUUGUCAUUUCGGACUGGAGCCCCUCAUAGGAAUAUGAAAUCUUUGGAUGCAUACAAGUCCUUUCAGUCAGGUUUUGUAAAAGACGUAAAAGGAUGCAAGUAUAAGGAGGUGUUUGUUAUUACUGGACAGGUACUUCAUAGCUUGUCUAUAAAUCAACCACCAGCGGAAUGCUGGGUUAUUAUUAACGACGCCGAGAAUGAAGAGCAUACCAGAGGGGAGAUUUUAGCAGCUCAUUGCGACUGCACGGCUGGAGCUGGGGAAACAUGUACCCAUAUUGCAGCGGUUCUAUACGCAUUAUCGUAUGCUAGGGAAAUUUGUCUCGGAAAAAAAUUGUCAGUUACGGAAUUACCAUCGUACUGGAUGGUUCCGGGAGGUUCCGCAGCAACAGAAGAUUUAUAUAAACCGAUUGACAGUGUAAAUUUUGGCCGGAAAAGGGAAACAUUCUGCGAGCUUCGCGACUAUGCGUUAAGCAAAACGGAAGAAGAGGUCCGUAUUUUCUUAGAUAAUGUAACGUCCGCAGGUCAUGAGGUUGUUGCUAGACGAGCUUUUUUUAUGAGUACUGAUGCUGAACAAGAAAACGUAUCAAUUAAGGAUCGAUUACUAGACUUUUCCUUCGUGAAGCGUUUCUCUAACGAAAAUCACCAAAAAACAUUGGAGGAUUUAAUAAACAUUGGAAAAACGAUAGAUUGGUCCACUACCAUAGAGGACUGCAGAUUUAUUGAAGAGAUGACCAGAAAGCAACAUGCCGAACCGAUGUGGUUUAUGCUGCGGUACGGAAGGAUUACAGCUUCGAUAUUUUCACGAUGUUUGAGGACCAGUCUUUCAAAACCUUCUAAAUCCCUACUUACCUGCAUAUUUUCUCAAAAUCAAGGCCAAUACUUUCCUGCAACACUUCACGGUAGACGUAAUGAACAUAAAGGGGUGAUUGCUGCAGUUGAAGAUUUUAAAUGUAAUGAUCACAUCAAUGUUAGACACAGAAAGUCUGGUUUGACGAUUUCACCAGAACAUCCGUACUUCGCAGCAUCACCAGAUUACAUAAUACAAUGUGAUUGUUGCGGAACAAUAGUUAUAGAGGUCAAGUGCCCGUUCAAAUUUGAUUUGUUGACACGUGACGAAGGAAUAGAGGCUCUGCUUAGUCGACACUCAUCUUAUUUGUUACGAAAUUCAAGCGGAGUUUUGACAUUGAACCCCAAACACCCUUACUUUUAUCAAGUCCAAAUGCAAAUUCUUGUUGCUAACGCCGCAUAUGGCUUGUUUGUCGUUUGGGCCCCCAGAUUCACACUAGCAUUCAAUGUUGAAAAAGAUACACAAUUCUGGGUUCAUAAUUAUCCUAAAGCUAAAUUGUUUUUCGAGAAUGUUUUAGCACCUGAAAUACUCGGCCAUUAUUUCUCUCUUCGUAAUUAA